AAAGUCAUUCUCUCUUCAUAUAAACAUUCCUUGUUAUAUUUCUCCAGAAAAAAAUGGAAAAACUAGUCCUUCCCCUAAUUUUACUUCUCAUUUUCUCAAUCUUUUUUGUUGAAGCAGUGGCAAUUGUGCCUAAAUUCGUAGAGUUACAAUGCAAGCGCACUCGCUAUCCAAAUCUAUGCGCAAGUUCUCUAGCAGCCCAUUUAAAUCCAAAAUCACAAGAUCCUCAAGAAAUAGCUCAAGUUGCUUUGAAAGUGAGCAUAGUCAAGGCAGUAUACACAAAAAACUACUUGAGAAUAGUGUCAAAGGAACUCGAACAAAAAAAGGCUAAGGAAUAUCAAGUGGUGAAAGAUUGUUUAGAUCAAAUGUCAGAUAGCGUUUCUCAGCUAACAAAUUCAUUCAAAGAGUUACAACGCAUGAAGAGUGUAGAAUAUAGUGAAGGGGAUUUUGCUUGGUGUCAAAGCAAUGUUCAAACUUGGCUAAGUACUGUGCUGACUGAUUCAUAUAUUUGCAUGGAUGGGUUUGAUGGGUACCCUAUGAGUGGUAAAAUGAUGGCUAUGAUUAAAGCUAGGGUGCUUAAUGUUGCACAAGUUACUAGUAAUACUUUGGCUUUGUUUAAUGGAUAUGCAGCUUGGCAUAGGGCUAACUCUAAUGCUGGUAGUGGUGGCUAUGGGAAAAAAGAACCUUAAAGAAGGUAACAUGCAACAAAUGUUUAUGAGAGUUUCUUAGAUUAGCUAGUUGUGAUAGGAACUUUGAGUCUUGGUGGUGUAUACAUAGCUAUAUAUUUGUAAUUAAACAUGAAUAAUACCAUGAAUCAACGUGGAUAAGAUAUUUUGUACAUCUUUUAUUAAUUUUUGUCUCAAUAUUUUGCAUAUAUCUUAUGUAAACGAAAGUAAAAUAAUAUGUAAUAUAAUUUUGUUAAUUUGGUUAA